AUGGAAAAAUGCUCAUCAAGUCCCGUUCCAAUUCAGAAAGGAGAUAAAUUUAGUCUCAAUCGAUGUCCAAAGAAUGAAUUAGAACGAGAGCAAAUGAAAGAUAUUCCUUAUGCAUCAAUAGUUGGGAGCAUAAUGUAUGCCCAGAUAUGUACGAGACCAGACAUUAGUUUUGCUGUUGGAAUGCUGGGUCGAUAUCAAAGUAAUCCAAGAAUGGACCACUGGAAGGCUGCAAAGAAAGUGUUGCGAUACUUGCAAGGAACGAAAGAUUAUAUGCUCACUUAUAGAAGAUCUGAUCAUCUUGAUGUGGUUGGACAUUCAGAUUCAGAUUAUGCUGGUUGUGUGGACACAAGAAAAUCCACAUUUGGUUAUUUGUUCCUGUUAGCUGGAGGACCAAUAUCGUGGAAAAGUGCGAAGUAG